UUUCGUUGUUUUCUUUUCUUUUCUUUUUUUAGAAAAAAGAAUUCAGGAAUCAUAUGAAAAUCGACGUUUAAUCGAUACUUCGGUCAAAAUUUUCGUAAAAUAAAGUACUGGAAAUUUCCCAUUUAUUUUGAUAUUCAUUUGUUCGAUCAUAGCAAUCGGCGACGGAAGCUGUCUAAAGCUGUAAUGGAUUCACCGGAUCCAAAAACCCCAAAUUCUGACACUCCUUUUUCUUCUUCUACUUCUUCAGAUUAUGGCGGUUGGAAGGAACGUAUCUUCUAUCCCACCCUUCUCGCAGGGCUUGUUGGGGGUGGAGCUGGGCUACUUUCCAAGUAUCGAAAAAUUCAUGGCCUCGCUAACAUUUCUGCAACUUAUGCUACCAAUUUAUCCAUUGUCGCUGCUUGCUACUGCGGUGCACGUGAGUUUGUUAGAGUUUCUCGAAGGUCAGAACCUGAUGAUCUUAUGAACUCUGCAAUAGCAGGUUUUGGAACUGGAGCUCUUCUCGGACGCCUUCAAGGUGGUCAGCUCGGCUCUGUUCGAUACUCAUUAAUCUUCACCAUUGUUGGGACAACAGUAGAUUAUGCCACACUCAAACUAAAACCCACGCUAAGAAGCUACAAAGAGUCAAUAAUUGAAGGAAGUAGUAGCUGGAUGAAAUUACCCGAAUGGUCUCCUAUUCAAGUUCUUGAUGAGGAAGCUUUAGCUGCUAAACAAGCUCGAGAGCAACAACUCUACGCACAGAGGGCCCUUGGGCAAUUAAACAAAAAGGAUCCUUGAGACAUUCUGUUUUUCCCAUUGAUCAUGGAAGAAAGGAUCUGAAGUUUUUUUGCUUUUUUUUUUUUUUUUUUUGUACAAUAUGGCAGGGACUAACGAUAAUAAAUUAGAGAAAGCUGAUAUUUGACAUUUUUGUUUUUCUUCUUGCAGGUUCUGCAUUUUACGCCUCUUUCUUGUAUUAUAUAAAUUCUCUUUCUAAUCUAAAUACUGCCAAAUUUCUGUUCAA